AUGGAAUUUGAGCAAUUGGUUAUAGAGGAAUACGAACUACUGCGACUGACAUCUAGAGCAGAGAUCGCUCAAGCGGUCCGAGACCGUGAACUUUCCGAAAUAGGGGCCGAAUGCUACACAAGCAAGAGAGAACUAGCGAUUGAACGAAGCCUUUGGAAACGACCACCUCUCCAGCUUUCAACACCUCGGAGGGGGCUCCCUAGUUGCACGCGACAUACUGAAGUCUCAUUUGGGACCACGGAGGCGUCCAAACUGCAGAGGCUUCCGGAUGAGAUACUGUUGAUUACUGUCUCCAUGCUCUCGUCAACAACAGAGCGCGAAUGCCUCAUUGCCUCUUUUCACCUGCGACAAGUGUCUGGUCGACUCAGGCGACUUAUGCAAGAUAACAAGUUUCUUCACCACCCCUUUUCACAUAAGGAUUGUUGUCAAUGGUGCUUUGGUAGCCAUAAAGAUCGACAUACCCUGGCAGAGGUUGCAUCAAAGGAACGACAUUGUUUUCAACACAAAGUCGGGGCUACCCAAUCCGAAGGACUUGGGAAGCUCAUCAGAAUGGACAUCACGUGCGAGCGUUGCCAAAAGCACCGAGACGAAAGGGAGCGCAGCGCAAUUCACAUUACUUGCAAGUUUCAGGCCCUCGAUUCCUCCCGCUGGUUGUAUUGUGUCGACUGCAGCGUGAUGCAUCCUGAAAUGUGCUUUCCUUCCGCACGCAACACUUGGCCAUCCUGCAUCGGGAUCAAGGUUCUAUCGGACUAUGUUCACAUAAAACGCUAA